AUGGUUGGUAUGGCUGUCGGUGCCCCCAAGGGCAACAACGCUGUCCGCGAUGACGCGCCCGAGUUUGAGAAGGUCAUCUGGUACAGGGACCCCAACAUGCGCAAGCUGUUUUGGCACUCCUGUGUCCUGUGUAUCGCCUCUGCCACUACUGGUUACGAUGGUAUGAUGAUGAACUCGUCGCAGCAAAUGGCUCGGUGGGAGAACUACUUCGACAAGCCUACCGGGGGUCGCCUCGGUAUCAUGAACAACAUGUACAACAUUGGUUCCAUUGUCAGCUUCUUCUUGGUCCCCUUCUACACCCAAUGGCUCGGACGCAAGAUUCCCAUUGCAACUGGAUGUCUAAUUAUGAUCGCCGGUGCUCUCGUUUCGACCUUUUCUACCGAAUGGAAACUUUACAUGGUCGGUCGUUUUAUCCUCGGUUUCGGUAACUCAUUUGCACAAAUGUGUUCGCCAAUUUUGCUCACUGAGAUCUGCCAUCCGCAACAUCGUGCCAUGUUUACAGCCGUAUACAAUUGUCUCUGGAAUUUGGGAGCUGUCUUUGUGGCAUGGGUGGCAUGGGGCACGUCUCAGGCCGACAACGAGUGGUCUUGGAGGUCCAUCACCCUCAUGCAGGGACUGCCAUCUUUUCUCCAGCUGAUAUUUAUCUUCUGGGUCCCUGAAAGUCCACGUUGGUUGAUUUCCAAGGAACGCUACGAGGAGGCUUUGGAAACUCUCGCUUAUUACCAUGCCGGUGGAGACCGAAACAACGUUACGGUUCAGUUCGAAUUUACAGAGAUGAGGGACACGAUCCGUCUGGAAGUCGAUGCCAACACCAACAGCAGCUACAUGGACUUCUUCAGGACCAAGGGUAAUCGAUGGCGAUUGGCCAUCCUCAUCUCCCUCGGUAUCAUCUCGCAGUACUCUGGCAAUGCGCUCUUCUCCAACUACAUCAACUUGGUCUACACCGGCGCCGGCAUCACAAGUCAAGACCAGAAGAUGGCUCUCUCUGGCGGUGAACGCCUGUUGUACCUCAUCGUAUCCGUCUACGCAGCCACCCUGAUCGACAAAGUCGGUCGUCGUCCACUCUUCCUCGGCGCCACCAUCGGCAUGCUCGUCUCAUUCGUGUGCUGGACCAUCACCUGCGCCAUCUACGAGAACUCCAACAACACAAACUCCUCUGCAGGUUACGCCCAGAUCCCCUUUGUCUGGCUCUUCGGUGUCUGUUAUGCCCUAGCCUGGUCUGGUCUUCUCGUCGCCUACGCCAUUGAGAUUCUACCAUAUGCUCUCCGUGCAAAGGGUCUCAUGAUCAUGAACAUCACCGUCCAGGCUGCCCUCGCCGUCGGCUCCCAGACCAACCCCAUUGCAUGGGAGAACCUGCCCAAGCACUGGAACUUGGCUCUCUUCUACACCCUCUGGGUCGCUGUCGAGCUCGUCUUUGUCUACUUUGUCUACCCUGAGACUAUGGGACCCACACUCGAGGAGAUCUCGCGUAUCUUUGACGGCGAUGAUGCUGUUGCGCAUGUCGAUGUGCACGCUAUUGAGAAAGGUAUCAUCGAGGACCGCCUUGACAACUUUGGCGACGACAAGGGUCCGCGCGUGGAGAGGACUGAGGUUUAA